AUGUCUAUGCUCAAUAACUUGAAAAAGACGCAAAAGAAUCAUGUCUUUUUGGACGAUGACGACGAUAUGGAUAUCGACAAUAUGGACUUUCCUCUUCCUAGCGAGCCUUCUUCAUCAUCAGCAUCAGCAAGAAGGGCACCCUCUGGUGGCGUGCCCAAUAUGGGAGGCGGCAUGCCUGAUUUGAGUAGCAUGAUGAGCGCCAUGGGAGGCAUGGGAGGCAUGGGAGGUAUGGGUGGAGGAGGCAUGCCCGAUAUGGCUCAACUUCAGCAAAUGAUGCAAAGUAUGGGUGGCGGUCUUGGUGGAGGUGCUCCCUCCAUGGCAGCCCCUCCUGCUAGAGAAUCUGUGGCUACUGUCGCAUCUGGACCCAAUGGUAUUUCCCGUCAAAUGCGUCCAGAGGAAUUCAAAGAUUGGGUUUGCGUCUAUCCUUGUUACAUUGAUGCCGACAAAUCAGCUCAAGAAGGUAGAAAGAUUGCAAAGGAAAAGUCAGUGAAGAAUCCUCACGCCUAUCAUAUGGCAAUUGCUUGUCAGAAAUUGGGAUUUUCUGUUGUAUACGAGGGUAAACGCCAUCCUCGCGACUGGGCAAAUGUUGGUCGUGUUCGUGUUCAAAUCAAGGACAAGAACAACUUUUUUAUCAAGCAAGAAAUCACUUCUCGUAAAGAGCUGUUUGUUGCCAUUGCAAAGCUCAUGCCUCAAUGUCAAAAGGAAGGAGAUGUGCCUAACUCGAUUGUCUCUCCUACCACUACAUUGGCCGAAAUUGAAGCUCUUGCUGAUGAACAACGUAAGGCUCAAGGUCUUCCCACCAUGGCUGAAAUGCAAGCUCAACAAGCCGCUCAACAACCUCAAAUUCCUGCUAAACCCAAGAAGCAAAAGGUCAAGUAUGUUCGCGGUUAG